AUGGUUAGAAUGACUACUGGCCGCAAAGCCCCCCCUCUUCCUCGUAAGCGGGUGGGUGAAACAUUGUCUGCACCUCUAGAUGAAGCAGCCACUGUACGUGCCAACAUCAAACAUCGCAAGAAUGGACAUACUAAACAGGAACCUCGACGCAAGAAACACCAGACGAAACGCCCCGAUUGUCACCAUGAUGGAACUUCUGCGAAGAUGUGA